AUGCAGUUCAAGAGCCUUCUCGUCACCUCCCUCAUGGCCAUCAGUGCCGUCGCCGCCAACAAUGGCAGUGAUAUUGCUCCCAGCGUCCAGGGCCGCAUCGCCCAGCUUGAUCUCGGUUUCAAGCAGACCGAUGUGAUGCUGAACAAGUUGAAGAACAACAUCGGUGGCAUCACCGCCGACGACAUCGUUGUCGCCUACAGAGAGGUCGUUGCCCGUGAGGCGACUGACAUGAUGAUGCCCCAGCCUUGGAAGGCUCUGGAGGAUUCCCAGCAGAUGGUUAUCUGCCAGUCCUUCCACUCGGUAAAAUCCACCCCAAAACUUAAAGAAUCAAUUCAAUUGCAAUCAAAAAUCCCUAACAAUAUCCUGCUACAGCUUGCUCUGACUGGCCUGGACCUAAACGCCGACUUCACCUUCAGCGCCAAUUACUUCAACCAGACCCAGCGCCACGAUCUGCAGCACAACCUGAACAAGGUCACUGAGGAGACUAGCGACUUCGUCAAAAAUGUCGCCAAGACCGCCGUUCCCUACUGCCUGGACAUCAUCCAGGAGGACAACAAGGCGAUCUACAAGUCCAUCCGUGACGCUCGCCAGGCCCUGUCAGCUUAA